AUGGACCAGUUCAGCAUGGAUUUAUCGUUUGAGUUUGACUCCGACUCCGACUUCUGUUUCGAUGACAGUCAGUUGUCGAGUGCUUCUUCCGCUCGAAGUUUCUCGAGCGCCUCGAGUUCUGCACCCAUCACACCGCAACCUGGUCAAUGCACGCCAUCGCAACAGGCAUCUCGUAGCUUCAGUAUCUCAACAGGAUAUGUUGAGAUCACUCCUGCGGCCUCUUCUAUAAGCGAAUACUUUUCUGAGGAUAUCAAGUGUGAAAGACCUUCUCCUUCUCCGCGACCCGCAACGCCUGCAGAGAAGCCUCCAACUACGCCAUUCAAUAUGGAUGUCAUGAAUUCAUCGCUUCCCACAUUCAGCGGUGCGAAUGACUUCACGAGCCCACAUGUGUUGGAACAGUACGGCUUUGUGGACAAUAUGAGCCCACCCCCAGGAUUUGAAACACACCGCAUGUCACCAGGUGAUUCGUCUUUCUGGGCUAUUCAGGGCGAUCUUACAUGCUUCAACACCCCUGGCCUCACACUAUUUCCCACAGUACCUAGCCAAAGCAUGCAUCGACAGUCGCUACAAGACAACCAACCCGGACGCCAGAUCCAUGUGAUGAGUGCGCGGCAGAGAUCUAACGCACUCCAGGACGUUCAGAAUGGAAGUGAAAGCGGAAGACGAAACGCCAGGAGGAGGCAAGACCCUGACGUCGACCUUCAUUACUCUACUGCUAGAGCAGGGGAGUUUGUAUGCCAAUUUGAGGGCUGCGGGCUGAAGUACCAGAGGUUAGAGCAUCUUAGACGCCACACAUCAACGUAG